UCACAGCGUCCUCACGGGGGCGCUAAUGCCGCGUUAGUGCUAGCGGAAGCUACCGGGAAAAGCUCGCUGUUAGGGGGACGCCGGUUUGGAGGACGUUUCAUUUCAGUUAACUCAGCUCAGAUUUAGUUAUAUGUGUCGUGUCACUUAGAAUUGCUCGUUGCUUUAUCGGAAAUGUUUUCUUUCUCGUCUACCGUACAGCCGCAGGUCACAGUUCCACUGAGUCACCUGAUCAACGCCCUUCACUCUUUAAAAGGUUCAGUGGUCAAACCUCAGCGCAGAGAGAGGAGAACCGAGCAAGAGCUACACGUCACAGAGCCGUCAUGGAGCCUCAGAGACGUGGGAUUGGCGGAUCUGGGAGCAGGACAGCUGGACGAACUUGUGAACAGACUGUUGCCGUGCGUGACCCGGGAUGUGUUUUCGGAACCCCCUAGAGCUGAAACGCACCCCUGGAGGACGUCGUACCUGUCCACCGAGUCCUUCUUUCACAACAGAUAUGGUUUUUCAGUCGCCAAGAUGGGCGCGGCGUCACCGGUGUUUUGCAGACCGAGCUCUUCCCCUCUUCAGACCGCGUGCGCUGAUCUAAACGUCUGGCCAGUAUUGAUCCAAAGACGAGGCUUUAAAACCCUGAAGUCCAAAACGAGGCGUCUUCAGGGCGGCUUUGAACAGCCACCGGACACGGACUCGUUCACGCCAUCUUUUAUGAAGGGCUUACUUAUGCGGGACAAAGGUCAAGUUCCUGAGACUUUAGACAAUCUUCUGAAAAGCAAAAGCAUUCCAGACGCGCAUCACGACGCUUUCAAGACGGGUUUCGCAGAGGGCUUUCUGAAAGCUCAGGCUCUCUCACAGAGAACGCAAGAGUCGUUAAGGCGAACACGGCUGAUCCUGUUGGUCCUCUUACUGGUCGGAUUGUACGGACUCUCCAAAAUGCCGUUUCUGUCAGUGCGAUUCCGAACCACAUCAGGCCUGGACUCGGCUGUGGACCCGGUCCAGAUGAAAAACGUCACCUUCGAGCACGUGAAAGGAGCGGAGGAGGCCAAGAACGAGCUGCAGGAGGUAGUGGAGUUCCUCAGGAACCCGCAGAAGUUCACCGUCCUGGGAGGAAAGCUCCCUAAAGGGAUUCUGUUAGUCGGGCCUCCGGGAACAGGGAAAACCCUGCUGGCACGCGCCGUGGCAGGGGAAGCGGACGUGCCUUUCUACUACGCCUCCGGAUCAGAGUUUGACGAGAUGUUCGUCGGGGUCGGCGCAAGCCGGAUCAGGAACCUUUUUCGGGAGGCCAAAUCGAACGCUCCGUGUGUGAUCUUCAUCGACGAGCUCGACAGCGUAGGGGGGAAAAGAAUCGAGUCUCCCAUGCACCCUUAUUCACGGCAGACCAUCAACCAGCUUCUGGCCGAGAUGGACGGAUUUAAACCAAACGAAGGCGUCAUCGUUAUCGGUGCUACAAACUUCCCUGAAGCUUUAGAUAACGCCCUGAUCCGGCCGGGACGCUUUGACAUGCAGGUCACUGUCCCCCGACCCGACGUGAAAGGACGGACGGAGAUUCUGAAGUGGUACCUGAAUAAAAUCAAAGUAGACCCAGCUGUAGAGGCCGAGAUCAUCGCCAGAGGAACGGUGGGUUUCUCCGGAGCCGAGCUGGAGAACCUGGUGAACCAGGCUGCCUUGAAGGCCGCCGUGGACGGGAAAGACAUGGUGUCCAUGAAGGAGCUGGAGUUCGCCAAGGACAAAAUCCUGAUGGGCCCGGAGCGCCGGAGUGCCGAGAUAGACGAGAGAAACAAAGUGAUCACGGCUUACCACGAGUCCGGACACGCCAUCAUCGCGUACUACACCAAAGGCGCCAUGCCCAUCAACAAGGCUACGAUCAUGCCGAGAGGUCCCACUCUGGGUCACGUGUCCAUGCUGCCGGAGAGCGAUCGUUGGAGCGAGACUCGAACUCAGCUUCUCGCUCAGAUGGACGUCAGCAUGGGGGGCCGCGUAGCCGAGGAGCUCAUUUUCGGAAACGAGAACAUCACCACAGGUGCAUCCAGUGAUUUCGACAGCGCUACAAAAAUCGCCAAAAUGAUGGUGACUCAGUUUGGCAUGAGCGAAAAGCUGGGUGUCAUGACGUACUCGGAUGUGACGAAGCAAAGCCCCGAGACGCAAGCAGCCAUUGAACAGGAAGUCAGGACACUUCUGAGAGAUUCAUACGAGCGUGCUAAAGCUCUCCUGAAGGCUCGUGCGAAAGAGCACAAGAACCUGGCCGAGGCUUUGCUGAGGUACGAGACGCUGGACGCCAGAGAUAUUCAGAUGGUCUUGGAAGGAAAAACGUUGGGGACCAGAUGAGUCUCGCGGUGUGUGUGUGUGUGUGUGUGUGUGUGUGUGUGUGUGUGUGUAAAUGUACAUAAGCAAUACAACAUCCUGGCAAGCUUAAACUCUAGCCUUUUACACUCUGUAUGUAUAGAUAAAUGAUGAACACGUACAAAUACACACUACUCCUUAAUUCACCCUCGCCGAAAGGCGUUUCCCGCUAAGUUCUCCACAGUGGAGAGGUGAUGUAUGCAGAGAUGUGGCCUUCAGGAAAACUUACAGGACAUCGGAAAUUCAACGCACUUUGUAGGGAUAAUGACGGAGAUGUAUGUUUAGAGUUGGGGGGGACGGUGCUGCUUUCGGGAUCUUUCCCAGCAAUGCUGGAUUAUGUUCUCCAAAUUCCGUAGGAAGAUCUGUAGAUACUGUCAGAUAUGCUUUUUAGUUACCAAAGACGGGGGUCUCACAAACUAGAGAUCAGAAUCAGAUGACGUAUAGCUGGAGAAAACCCCGUUGUCGCAAGGUCAAUUAGUGCAAAAAUAACGUGUUUAAGUCUGAAGUUUUCAUUAAGCGCGGUUUUCUCGUUUCCAGCGUCCUCGGUGUCCUAUUUAUUUAAAAGCCACACACGAUCCUAAAGGCUCCUUAAAGGUUUGAUUGAGGCUGCCGGUUAUCUCCGAGUAUUGCUGCGUUAGUGUAAUUAACUAAUUAAGAACACUUUAUUCUUGGAACUAAGUAUAGUUUGGUUUGGUCAGCCCUUAUCCUUUAUCCAAUCUGUGUUAAUCAUGUAUAUAUCAAUAAACUUGUGUUAUGCUGGAGCAUUUUAUCUUUGUGUAUAUAUGUGUAUAGAAGAAUGUAAGCUUGAGGUUUGGUGGAUUUUUAUUUGGAGUUGAGCUCGUGCGUCAUUAACGAUGAAUGAGUGGUUGAUGGAAUAAAGAGUCUAUGAUGAA